ACUACUUCGUAUCAUAUUUGAUUAUUUGCAGCGAUCAGCUGCCCACAUGAUCCAACUUGUCUGCCCAGAUGUGCUUUGUAGGAACAGAUUUGAGCAGUUUCGCUCUAACCUCCAAGUUCGAAGUUUCCGUACGCAUUUCUGCGCAAAUCUUCUGUUGGCACGCAACGAACUGUUUGCUCAAAUGUGAUUUGCGCAGACAGAUCGUUUUCUGGACGAGGGUUCAGGUCAAAAUAUCUUUGAAGUGAGGUGCUUAGUAGCAGCCAUCUUGUGUAAUGUGUAUUGCAGAAAUUUGUAAAUUGCGUCCUUCAGGGCCUUGGGACUGCAGCAAUGGAUCAGAAAAACAUUAUCUGGAUAAAAACAGAGAUAACAGAUGAGGUGUCAACCUUGCCAGACUCCACAGUCCAGACUUACCCAUCCACCAUAAAUGUAAAAGAAGAAUUGCAGGAGUGUGUGAAUCAAGAGUUAUGUCCUCCUGAAUUUGAACAUCAUGUAAUUAAGGAGGAGGAUCUCGAAGAUCCAUUGGUAAGGUCAGGGUCCACUGAGUCUGUCGGGGAGUAUCUGGAACUAAAUUUGGAAGCAGAAGAAACUGAGGACUUUGUCUUGGCAUCAGAGAAUGAUCAUCCUGAUGAGUGUGAUCCAUUGAGUGUAACAGAUGGUGAGGAGCCAGCCUCAAAAAGAUGUGCACCACACAGCCAAUGGAUGAUUAAGACGACUGCUGAGACUGGUAGCAUUGCAUUUGAAGAAACGCAUCUGCAGGGAAUGACUGGUGAUAAGGUGGACUUCGCUGCAGAGAAAUCAUCAAUUUUGCAGAACAGUGCAUUAUCCAAUAGAAGUAGUAACUGCUUAAAGGAAAAAGAAAUUCAAGACUUCACAUGCAGUUCAUGCAACGAAACUUUUUCAUCAAAAUACAAUCUCAUAAUGCAUGUGUUCAUUCACAUUGAUGAUGUUCAGCCGCCUGCACAUAUCUGUAUGAGGUGUGGUGAUGUAUUUCUCACCCAUGAGAGCCUUAGCGAGCAUUCAAUGGCGCAGAGAGAAAUUAGUCAAGGAGAAUAUAAUCACUGUACUACACUUUCUAAUGAAUGUGCUAGUUUCCACCCCUGCAAAAUAAUGUGUUCUGGCAAGAGUGCUAUCGAGUGUGAUAAUUCUAACAGAUCCUUUAUUACUGCUGAUAGUCUCAGACCAGACAGAUCUGGUGUUUGUGUGGAAUCAUUUAGUCAUUCUGGUGGUCUGAAGAGUUACUCAAAUGUAUGUGCUAGCGUAAGACGACACAAGUGUGAGGUAUGUGGGAAAGCCUUCUCUCAGGCUGGCGAUCUAAGAAGACAUGCAUUUCUACAUACUGGUGAGAGACCCCACGAAUGUGGCGUGUGCGGAAAAUCGUUCACUAUGGCGUAUCACCUCAAGCUGCACUCGUUUCUGCAUACUGGCGAGAGACCACAUAGAUGUGACGUGUGUGGGAAAUCGUAUACAGACUCAGGUCAUCUUAGGAGGCAUGUUUUAACACAUACUGGCGAAAAACCACACAAAUGUCUAGUCUGCGGAAAAUCAUUCACAGAGUCUGGUACACUCAAGAAACAUAUCUUAAUACACACUGGAGAAAGACCAUACAAAUGUGACGUAUGUGGUGAAUCCUUCAGUCAGUCUGGUCAUCUUAAAACUCAUUCUAUAAUACAUACUGGCGAGAGGAUACACAAAUGUUCCACGUGUGGGAAAGCUUUUACUCUGUCACGGCAUCUCAAGAGACAUACAUUAACACAUACUGGCGAGAGACCGCAUAAAUGUAACGUUUGUGGGAAAUGCUUUGCGGAUUCUGGUAGUCUGAAGGCACAUACAUUAAUACAUAGUGGCCGUAUAUUACACAAAUGUGACGUUUGCGGUAAAGCAUUUACUCGCUCCAAUAAUCUUAAGAUGCACUCACUAAUACAUACUGGUAAGAGACCACACAAAUGUGUUGUCUGUGGGAAAUCUUUUACACAGGCUGGUAAUCUAAAGGCACAUGCACUUAUACACUCUGGUGAGAGACCCUACAAAUGUGAUGUCUGCGGGAAAUCAUAUACUCAGUCUAGUGGUCUCAAGACUCAUGCUGCAACACAUAUUGGUCUACCUACACGAAUCCAGUCAUAGAGAUGAUAAUCGAUUAACUCAAAACACUUUCGUUCAUUCAGGAGAAAAAUCUCCUAAUUUAUAUUACUGGCCACCAUGAACUACCUUACUAGAUGUUCAGUAAUGUGUGCUGGACGCAGAAGACAGAAGUAUGGUUAUUAGCUAUAGUGUUAGAUUUCUCACAGAUGUUACUAGGCUUCUAUAUGAGCAUAUAUAUGAGAAAAUUAAACACUGUAAUUAUGAGAGCAAAUCCUUUGGUGAGACUAGUUAAUCGUUUGGCAGUGUGUCUCUGAUUUGUGUUGGUGGAUCAUACAACUCGUUGUUACAAAAUACAUUUUACUAUCUGCAAGUCUUGGAUCACAGUGUAUGGAAGAAGUUGUAAUAGAUGUGCAAGUAUAAUCUCAUGUGUGGAAAUAUAUACCACAAAUUGAAAAAGAAAAUUUGUAACCAGAGUUAUCAAAAUGUGCCGUGUGUUAAAUCUGACAGAAAGUAGCCCCAUAUAAGAAAGCCUUCAUGGAAGAAAUAAUUUUUACAUAUGUUAAUUUCUCUAUUGCAUAAUUCUUAAUGUCCCCUGUGAAUUACGUUUGAGCAAAGUACACCUUGAAUAUUGCUAGUGUGCCAUAUUUUGCUUCCAAGUAGAACAGUUUCACUUCUAUUGGCAACUAUCAUAUGUUAUGAUUGGAGGCAUUUUUCUAAAAAUCUCAUAUUGGCAUUCAUUAUGAACUACAUCAAAAGCUUUUCAACAUCAUUGUUUGGAUGUCAUGAGAUUUAUUUGCUAGCUUCACAUAAAUAAUUUGUGAGACUGAGUGCUUAAUCGAUGGCUGAGUGCACAUUACCCACAUGUUAGAAGUAUAUUAUUUAUGUAAUACAUAUGCAUGUGCAUAUAUUGUAUCACUCUCUAGUUUUAGUAUAACAACAAUGAAGAGGUCACCAUGGAGUAUUGUAGUAGUAGCUGCUAGUCAGUAAAAUCGAUGUGGUGACACAUGGGUCAGACUAACAUUUACAUAGAAGAAUUGCAUGACAGGCUAGCCAUAUUCAGCAGAAAACUUCAGUGCGCAGCAGUGAGAACUGUAGUGGAUCGGCCAGUGCCAUAAUACCAGGGCAAGACUCUUGUUGCCUGCUGCAUGACUGUGUGUGCUGUUUUAGUGCAGCAAAUGUGCUGCAGAGAGAUAUUAAUAGGGCUUUGACAGGGAAUGCUUCAGAGUCCAGCAACACCACCAUGAUGCUAGACGAUGAGACAACUCGUCACUGAUAGCUACAGCCAGUGAUUUGAGACUGGAUCAGGCCUGCACUGCGUCUCCUUGCAUGUCUUGAUGCCACAGUCCUGCAAACCUGCUGUCUAACAUGUGCCAGAGUGCAGUGGGUUGCAUGAUAAUCUUCCCUUAACCCUGUGGUGGAUGCAAACCUCACCUGAGUUCAGGUGUUCACAACUGCAAAAUGCAGGUGCAGUAAA